AUGUCUCUGCGAGUGACCUCGCUGCUGCUUCUCCUCCUCUGCCUCCAUGGCAUCCCAGCCCUGAAGAUCUGCUCCUUCAACGUGAGAUCCUUUGGUGCAACCAAGACGGGAAAUAAGGAAGUCAUGGAUAUCAUUGUGAAGAUCAUCAAACGCUGCGACAUCAUGCUCCUGAUGGAGAUCAAGGACAGUAAAAAUAUCAUUGGUUCCACGCUGAUGGAGAAGUUGAACGGACUUUCAAGAGCUACAACAUACACCUCUGUGUUUAGUCCUCGACUUGGAAGAAACAAGUAUAAAGAGCAGUAUGCCUUUAUCUACAAGGAAAAACUAGUGACUGUGAAAAAAACCUACACCUACCAUGACAAACAGGUUGGAGAUGAGGAUGUAUUUUCCAGAGAACCUUUCGUGGUCUGGUUCCAGUCACCACACACAGCCAUUAAGGAUUUCGUCAUUAUUCCCCUGCACACCACACCUGAAAAUUCUGUUAAAGAGAUAGAUGAGCUGGUGGAUGUCUACAAAGAAGUGAGCUGCAACUGGAAGACAGAGAAUUUCAUUUUCAUGGGAGACUUCAAUGCUGGUUGCAGCUACGUCCCCAAGAAGGCCUGGAAGAACAUCCGCCUGAGGACUGACCGCCAUUUUGUGUGGCUGAUUGGGGACCAUGAAGACACCACGGUCAAGAAAAGCACCAAAUGUGCUUAUGACAGGUUCGUGCUCAGGGGGCGAGAGCUCGUCCACGCUGUGGUCCCCAAAUCAAGCAGCGUCUUUGACUUUGAGAAAGCAUACGGGCUGACUGAAGACCAGGCCCUGGACGUCAGCGACCACUUUCCUAUUGAAUUUAGACUAAAAUCUUCAAGCGCUUUCACCAACAAUAAAAAAUUUAUCUCUCCAAAGAAGGAGAGAAAGAGCUGUCAAUCCUAG